UAUGCGUGUUUCCUUUUUCUCUCCUCCCCACUCACUUUAGCGAGCUGCCCAGCUGGAACCAGUUCAGCAGCUGACGCGCGACCCGUUCCCGGUUACCUGAGCCGGGAAACCACGUGAGCGCCACAUCAUCUGGGCUUUUGAAACGGAAAGUCACCGAAAGGAGGAAACAGGAAAAGAACGAAGCGAAACCCCGCUGCCAGACGCCCGGAGAAGGGCUCGUUUGAAUGAGUGGCGGAGCUUGAGCCUCCAGGCAGGGGACGCGCGUAGGGGCCGAGCCGGUGCUCAUUCCCCACCCCGUCGCCCGCCCCGGGCGUCCCGCUUCCUCUCCUCCGCGCGCGUCAAAAGGGCGCCGAGCUUCCCGCGCCUUCCUUCCCUUCCCUCAGGGACCAGAGCCUCGCGAGUGCUGAGGGCAGGCGGCAGCGGCGGCGGGCUGGCGCCGGGUGCGAGCGCGAGGCGCUGGCGGGGGAAGAUGCUGCAGUCGCUAGCCGGCAGCUCGUGCGUGCGGCUGGUGGAGAGGCACCGCUCGGCCUGGUGCUUCGGCUUGCUGGUGCUGGGCUACGCGCUCUACCUGGUCUUCGGCGCCGUGGUCUUCUCGUCGGUGGAGCUGCCCUACGAGGACCUGCUGCGCCAGGAGCUGCGCAAGCUGAAGCGGCGCUUCGUGGAGGAGCACGAGUGCCUCUCCGAGCAGCAGCUCGAGAGCUUCCUGGCGCGAGUCCUGGAGGCCAGCAACUACGGCGUGUCGGUGCUGAGCAACGCUUCCGGCAACUGGAACUGGGACUUCACCUCGGCCCUCUUCUUCGCCAGCACCGUCCUCUCCACCACGGGUUAUGGACACACCGUGCCUUUGUCAGAUGGAGGGAAAGCCUUCUGCAUCAUCUAUUCAGUCAUUGGAAUCCCCUUUACACUGCUUUUCCUGACAGCAGUGGUGCAGCGCAUUAUUGUCUAUGUAACAAGGCGGCCUGUGCUGUAUUUCCAUGUUCGCUGGGGCUUCUCUAAGCAGAUAGUUGCCAUCAUCCAUGCGGUGAUUCUGGGCUUCGUUACUGUCUCGUGCUUUUUCUUCAUCCCAGCAGCAAUAUUUUCUGUCCUUGAAGAUGACUGGAACUUCCUGGAAUCUUUUUACUUUUGCUUCAUUUCACUGAGCACCAUUGGCCUUGGUGACUAUGUUCCAGGAGAAGGUUACAACCAAAAAUUCAGAGAGCUGUAUAAAAUAGGAAUUACAUGUUACCUGCUGCUGGGCCUCAUUGCAAUGCUGGUGGUUUUAGAGACUUUCUGUGAACUUCACGAGCUCAAAAAAUUUAGGAAAAUGUUCUAUGUGAAGAAGGACAAGGAAGAGGACCGAGUACACAUAGUAGAACAUGACCAACUCUCCUUCUCUUCAAUUUCAGACCAGGCGGCCUCUUUGAAGGAAGAUCAGAAAAUAAAUGAACCUUUUGUGACCCCACAGUCUGCAGUUAACUGUGACGGCUGCAUAAACAAUUAACCAAGGGCUUCCGUUUCAAUAUCAACUGUGCACUUACAUCCCUUCAGUUAGAACUAGUACCAUUAAUGAAACUAUAGAGGCAGAAGGCUAUGCUAUAUUAUCAAGUACUCAUUGCUGGGAAUAUUUUUAAAGUGUAUGAGCCAAAUAAAGCUCUCUUUAGCUGGAACAACAUUAUGGGAAUGUUGGCUGGGGGGAGGAAAUGUGCAUUUGGGAACCCCUUGAUUAAUGGUGCGUACACGGAGCAUACAUUGGGGACUCUAGAUUUGAUCAACAAUUCAGUUCUCAUUUCCCCAGACUGCUGCCCUAAGUCCCCUCCCGCCCCCCCUGAAAAUCAUGUUGUGGUUCAUUGACAAAAUAGGAGCUUUCUGAUGCCAUUUGCAACUUCUGGUUUUGAAACAUGAAUGGGGGACUGAAGCAUUGAGUUGGAAGGGUUUGUUGUUGUAGCCCAGAAAACAGGAAUAGUCUCUUGCCAUGUCUCCUUCAGUGAGAUUCCCAAAUGACUGGGUUCAUGCGCACUGGGCUAUCUCUGUACUCUCUCUCACAC